AUGGACACAACGUUUUUACAGCGGCCCUUUUUUAGGCUUUUGAUGUUUUUUUCUACAGAUAGUAAACCCGCCAGCAUGUUAUCCUAUGUGUCCAUGCACACAGACUGGAUGUUUUUUGGCUGGAAAAAAAGCAGGACUAGUGGGUUUCUAGAGGAGUUUUUUAGCUGUAAAAACGCUCUAAUGCUGAAAAACACAGUAAAACGCAGCAAACCGUCGUUUUUGGACUUUUUCGACAAAAAAUGGGAAAACGCCAAUGCAAAAAAUGCUGAAAAACUCACGUUUUUAACGUGACUUUACACAGCUAA